AUGGAUACCUUUACGUUUUCCCUCCUUUUGAUCCCUAACAUACUCCUUAAAAGUUUCCCUGUUCUGCAGCUACCUCAACCUGAAGACAAGCCGCUACAGAGUUGGGAAGAUAAGGGAGAACCUAUAAAGCCAACAAAUUUAUACGUCAGCCAGAAAAAAGCACAAGAUAAAACAAUAACAAAAAGGCCCUCGGACAUACAGACAGAGCCCCAAGCGCAGCUACAAACAAAGGGACUGCUUGCGUCAGAACCGGUUUCUUGUGCGGUCGUCGACUCUGCGCCAGCCGGAGGUUCACUGGCCACUUUUGGCGCAGGCCUUGCCGCUCUCCCCUAG